AAUGAUGCCAAACAUGUGGUUGCUGUCUCCGAUAUAAGUUCAGCAUGACUUUCCCUGGAUGCAAUACCUGCAAGGACUCCUGCUCAUCACAAUGGAGAAUGCUCUUCUGGGUAGCCUCGUGGUUUUAGCCACCUUGGCGACUUCAUGCAACGCCCAGUGCUAUAUCAUAUCUAAUCAGAACUCUACACCUAAUAAAUGCAAGGAUCUCAAUGGAGUCAUACACCCGCUGAACUCAAAGUGGAAGACUGAGAACUGUGAGGAGUGUACUUGUGACCAAGGUGGAAUUUACUGUUGCAACACUGCUGCUGUACCUGUGGAUUAUGACACAAACAAGUGCCAGAUAAUCUUCAACAAGGAGACCUGCACCUACACAGUGGUGGAACAGGAGGACCCAGGAAAGACUUGUGCUGUCAGUGGAUGGGUGUUAUAAUGUGCUUCUCAUGGGCCCAGAACUCCCAGCCUGCAGGGGGCGCCCAGGUUCUCCCAGGCCAGGCGUCAUUCUCCUAUGGCCUCUGAUAGUCUAUGAUUGUAUAACCCCACCUAUCAGUCAAAAGUUUUGAGCAAACACUUGAAUAUGUGUAUACUUUUAGUUUAUAAAUUAUGUAUGCAUUGAUAAUACACACAUUAUAAAGCAUGUCAACAUUUAAAGGAGACAAAAAUAAAUAUGAAUAAAAGUUAUUUUCCCUCCACUCCCAUAGAUCAUUGUGCAUCCCUUACUCAGGGGAGCACUGCUGCUUCUCUUGCUUCUGAUAGAUGUGUGCUCUGCUGCCCCAGUGUCCCACUAUCUGGUGAAAAAUUCAAAAUAUAAAUGUGUCUUCAAGAUGAAAUGAGAUCCUCUAUUUUCUUUGAGGUUUUCAUGUUUAUCCUUCCUUCCUGUUCUUCAGAGAGUAUCUGCUGUGUCCCUCAUAUAAAUCUGUGUUUGCCUGAGGUUAGAGCAGGUUAGAGCAGGAUAGCUUGGAAGAAGUGCCUCUAAGCCCACUUGCAG